GAGUUUUCACCAGGUAAAGUAUCCCAAUUAGUCCUGAGCUAUCAACCCCUCGGAAGGACAAUGGCUCGCAAUGCUGUUCUGGCCCGGAUGGAAACGAUCUGCGUCGAGGUGAUGGAAAUGCCGGAGAUUUUUCUCGCUGGCGACGACGAAGAUGACGAGGAGGUGGAUGAUGAUGCGCAAAGUGAAAAUCUAGACGCCGACGAACCUGCCGAUGACGACGAAGACAUUCCAGCUGCCGAUGAGGAAAACGCCGGUGAUGAGAAGGGUGGCGAUGAAAGUGAGCGGAAGGAAAAAGGUGGUUCGUCUGGAAAAUCUGGCGGAAAGAGCAAACGUGAUAAGGCGGAUGCUGAACAGGAGAAGGGUGUUUCAGUGAAGGUAAACUGUGACGAUAAGAAACAACAGCGCUAUGCUAAGUGGAUUUCACGGGCGUUGCGAGCAGCUGUUAAUCCUAUAGUUUCCAGAUUCAAUCUCAAUUUGAAAGUGAAUCUCGAACUGAAUGUGGCGAAUAAAGCUAAUGCUACUGCCAAAGCGGAUUCACCAAAGAGCAACAGCACUGAAUCGAUGAGUCCAGUCGGCAAACCAAAGCCAUCUCCUCGGCAGUUGCAGAGGCGAACCGAUCUUGCGAGGAUCAGAGAGUUGGAGAAGGAAAAUCGACACCUUGAGAAAGUGUUUGAAAAAAUUGUUGCAGCUUAUACAGCUAUGAAAACAAAGUUAUCGGAGAAAACGCUCGAAUUGGAAACGCAUCUAUCUACAGCACAAAACGCAGAAACCAGGAUGCAGCAACUUAUGGAUGAGCGAGAAAAAUUAAAAGGAAAAUCAGAAGAUCUCGAAUCGAAACAAAUUCUGCUGGUGAAAGAGAAAACUCAACUUUCAAACCAAGUUUCGGAAUUGCAGCGUGAAUUGGAGACCCUGAAGAAAGAUAAUCUUAAUAAAUGCAAUGAAUUCAAGCAAUUGGAAUCGAAACUACAAGAUUUGCAAGAAAGUCAUAAAAUUUCGUUUGAAAAAGAGCUGAACAGAUUUAACAAUCUUGUUAGUGAAAAACAAAGCAUUAUUGAUUCUUACGAAGAUCAGCUGCACAAGCUUAAGUCAAACAUACAGGAAUUGAUUGCUAGCAAGACAUCCUCUGAAACGAAAUUCCAGCAAUCAGUCCAAGAGCAUAUUCGAUCCAAAAAUCAGUUAGAGCUCAGAUGUUUAGAACUGAUGCAGCAAAACCGAGAACUGAACGCUUUGGUGAGGAGAGGAGUUCAAUCACUGGAAAACACAACGAUACAAGAACCGCAUUCAUCCUCAACACGUGGUGACCUUACGUGUCCGAUUUGUGGUACGCCUUUUAAAUCUCUCGGAGACCUACAAAUUCACACGGAAAACUGCGGGGUUUGAUGUCAGAAGUGUUUAUUCAACGUAUUCAGCAGCUUAUCGUAAAAGGUAAAAAAUAUGGCUGACGUAAUGGAGGCCUUCAGCAGCGAAGAACUCAAACCCUUGUAGAGCCCUAGGAAUCCCUCCUUGCGGACGACCCUAUACAUACACUGGAGCAAGUGCUUGCACACGAAA